AUGGAAGUUUUAUUUAUCCUCCAUCAAAGAACUUUCAUUGUUUUACUUCUUCUUUACCUGACAGAAGGUCAGUCUGUAACAUUGAACAUGCCUUCACACACCACUUUGAAUUCAAAAAAUGUGAGAAUAACAUGUGAAUUUCAAACUGAUGAUCAAUUUACAUCAAUGACAUUGCUCAAUGGAAAUAAUGAUCUUGUGGCAACUUACUCACUUGGCCAGCAAACGUUUACAAUGCAUCAAGGUAGUUCUGUUCGUCUUGAGGUCGGAUCUGGUACAACAUUUAAAGGAGGUUCUUUGACAUUUCUCCUUCCUCGAUUCAACUGUCCUGACUUUACAUGGUACGUUUGCCGUGGGAGUGGUUCUAAUGAUGGUACUCCUUCGGAUUCUACAAACAUCACAUUACAAAUUUCGCCAUCAAUUGAUAGCUUCAUGAAAACAUCAACAUCUGACCUUGUUGCCAAUCAACUAUCUUCCUUUGAGUGCAGAGGAACUGUCCGAAAAGAAGGUCCUUUUUCUGUGAAAUGGUAUCGAAAAACUAUCACAUCAUCCAGCCAGCUUCAAGUUGACCCAGCAAAAAUAAUUGACCAAAAUGAAUGUAGCCGUAGCAUUUCAAGCUCAAUUAAUUAUAAUGUAAGUGAGACAGAUGGGCCGAACCUAGUUCUCCGGUGCCGAAUAGAAAGUGGGCAAAGAAAUGAUAAAAUGGUGAACUUCACUGUUCAAGAAAUGUCCAAAAUUGCAGCUCCUUUUAUGCAACAACCUGUUAAAGGUGCAGCUGUAACAUUGAAAAUGCCAUCAUACACGACUUUGAACUCAGUGAACAUGAGAAUAACAUGUGAAUUUCCAAAUGAUGAUCACCUUGUGAUGAUAACAUUGCUCAGUGGGAAUAAAGCCACUGAGGCAACUUACGUAAAAGUGGAAAAAACAUCGUUCAUAAAAUGGAAAAAUUUGCUGUUUAAGAUAACCGCGAGGAUGAUGCCGGCAAGGCCUAAUUUUGGAAUCGUAUCAUCUGGAUAUUCUUCAAUCCUACACUAUUUUUUUUCUCUCCUGACUGUGUCUUCUCUCUCAUAUGUGUCUUCAUCUUCUCUCUCUCUCUCUCUCUCUCUCUCUCUUCUCUCUCCGUCUGUAACCUCUUUCUGUCUUCUCUAUUUUUCUCUCGCUAUUUUUUCUCUCUCUGUAUUCUCUCACUCUUUUUUUUCUAUCUCUUUCUCUUUUCUAUCUCUGAACUUUCUCUGUAUUUUCUCUCUCUUCUCUCUCUCUCUCUCUGUCUUCUCUAUCUCACACUCUCUGUGUCUUUUCUAUCUCUUCCACUCCCUAAUUUGGAAUUCGUGUCAUCCGGAUAUUCCAUUACCUAUGUUCCUUCUCACCUGUCUUCUGUCUUCUCUCUCUCUGUGUCUGCACUUUUUCCUUCUCACCUUUCUCUCUUCACUUUUUUCUUCUGUUUCUCUCUCAUGUGUCUGCUCUCUCUUCUCUCUCAUUUCUGUCUCGACUUCUCUUCUCUCUCUCUCUCUUAUUUUUCUCUUGAACUAUUUUCAUCUCAUUUAA